GGGAGCGAUUCACGGAUUUCGUAUGGACCGAAAUUUUCGUCCAAGUUUCUCGGGUCAGUUUUGUUGUAGUCGCUCAGCGACUGCACUUCACCUGAAAGACACGAGCGAAGAAGAGUGUAAUACAGUUCUUUGUGUACUCUGCGCGAGGAUUCUCAUGAAAAAAGCGCCUAAUUGUGCUCUAAACUGGGUACCUGAUGGGUCGUGGACUACUGCCGGAGGAAGGGCUAUAAUUCUUACCAGUGUGCCAUGCAAGGUGAUGGAACACAUUCUGAAGCGAGCUGCCUUAGACCAUCUUACUUCCAGCAACCUGAUAUCUCCAGCUCAACACGGAUAUCUCCCAGACCGUCCUUGCGUGACAAACAUGCUCGUGUUUAUGGACAGCUUAACCCAAGCCAAGGACGGAGGACUCAUAUCGGAUGCCAUAUUUUUUGACUUCUCAAAAGCAUUUGAUAGGGUCCCAUACGUCCCGCUGCUCCACAAACUCCAGUCUUACGGGAUUCAAGGAAAGAUCCUUCGCUUGAUCAAGGCGUUCCUAUCAGACAGAUCAUUCCGAGUGAGAAUAAGUUCGACCUACUCUUCUCCACCGCCGGUCUCCAUUGGGGUUACUCAGGGCUCCGUCCUGGGACCAGUGCUAUUUCUGAUCUACGUCAACGACCACCCAGGUGUUCUUGCGGGUCCAUGUCUACUUCUUGCGGACGACUUGAAAUCCUGGAGUACCGAUGCCAGUGCCCUUCAAAUGGAUGUAGACGCUGCCAAGCGGUGGUCGUUGGACUGGCACUUUCCUCUGAAUGACGAAAAGUGCGUCCAUAUAUCGUUUGGAGGAGACUCGGCGAGUGCCUUUGUUAUGCACGGUGAGAAAGGACCAGAAAACAGCAUGAGGGUAGACGCCAAAAAGGAUUUUGGCAUCUGGGUCUCCUCAAACUUGUCCUUCUCGCUGCACCAAGGGAAAUCAGCCCAAAAGGUAUUCGCCAUUUUACGGAUGCUCCGACGCAUUUUCUCCCGUAUUACUCGCAUGGACUUUCAAAUAUUCUAUGGGGCCUAUGUCAGACUGCUCCUGGAAUACGCCAACCAAGUUGUCUACUCAGGACGCACGAAAGACCGCACCCUCAUCGAGCGUGUCCAGCGAGCCGCUACGAGAAUGGUUGCCGGCCUUAAAUCCGUGGACUACGAAACGCGUCCCGUGAUGCUUCAUCUCUUUCCCCUGGAGCACCGUCGCCUCCCAGGGGACCUAAUUCUUACUUAUGCCCUGUUUGAACAAAGCUUGGCAAACAGGUUCGACAUGUUUACGAUCUUAAAUUUUGUAGAUUUUUGUGAUGGGGAUCGAUCUGUUCCGGUUAGCUCACGCACAUCCCGUGGAAGCCUUUCAAUUGAAGAAUGCGAGAGGCUUGUUUUAUCCCCUCCACCUGUUCCUAUGGACCUGGACCUGGCUUGUGCAGCUAUUCACGCCGCCGCCCGUCGUUCGAACUCCAGCAGGACUCACUCAAUUAAAACCCAACCAGACGGUUACGGAGAUACUCACGGACAUCCGUCGGAACAAGACCUCUCCAAACCGCAAUUGGAACCGAUACCAUCCUACCCUCGCAAAACCCGACACAGACGACCAACUUUUAGUUGGCGCAGACUACUGUGUUGCUAUUCCUCUUACGUGGAUUCCCCAAAGGUGCCGGAGAGGCCGCAGCUGACAACCGUAGGUUCCUCCGUUGUCCCGAUACCUCACCCCCAAAAUGGCGAACCCGUGAAGAAGCUCCCGGAUGACAAUUCGACAGACCAAGCAUCUAAGGUCGCUCGAAAGUUCUGGAGUUCCCCUCGACGGAGUAAAGCAAUCACGAAUAAUUUAGUUUCAACGGCGCCUCUCCUAGUCUCCGAAGAAUCGCGCGUUCAUCCAUCGCCCAGUUCAAACUGCACCACAGGAUACCAUCGUGAUACUUCUGUCGCGUCGACCGCUCCAUCUUAUCAUGCAACCCUUCCUGGUUCGGUACUCAAUGCCAUAACAUCCAACCAUCAAGAGCCUUCCUAUCCUCAUCCAGUCCUAUGUACCGCAGAUACCAGUUCCACUUCUGUUGUCCCUUCCAGAGCUUCUGCACCCCCUUGUUCUUCAGCGAUGUACGUACCUCCGCCCAUAAAACCCCACUCUUCGUUUACCAUCACUUUUCCUCGAUUUCAUGCGUACAACCGACACUCGAUCGGCUCUUCAUCGAAACAGCCCCCGCCCACCACAGGGUACACCUCUCAUUUUCAGAUCCCCGUCUCUGGGAGCUCUGAAGUUAAUAAAGAUGCAUACGCUUCUGACGCAGUCCACUUGCGUGGUAAUUAUCCCGGCACCACCAACCUUUGGAAUAGUGGGGACGUUGUGGAUCACCAUGCGCCGACAAUAGAUUCGGAACUUCCUGACUACGGUCAAAGUGGGUCGGAUCAGAAUGGAGCUCAGGGUGAUUCUUCCUCCGAAAAUCUGGAAAUGCUCACUCCUGGUAUGGAUUUACUGGGCGAACCAACAUCCGACUGUGUGAACAAAAAGUGCCUCGUUCUAGAUCUUGAUGAAACUCUUGUCCACAGUUGGUUUAAGUAUGUGGAAAACGCAAACUUCAUAGUUCCGGUGGAGCUAGAUGGCGUGAAGCAUCAGAUUUUCGUUUGUAAACGGCCACAUUUGGAUGAAUUCCUACGUGAGAUUGGCCCGCUAUUCGAAUGUGUCAUGUUCACCGCCAGUCUAAGAAAAUACGCGGACCCGGUUUGUGACUUCAUCGAUGAGUCAUCACAUUUUCGGCAUCGAUUGUUUCGGGAGGCUUGUGUCUACCACCAGAACAAUUUGAUCAAGGACCUCAGUCGUCUCGGUCGAGAUGUGGACCAGGUUUGCAUAGUGGACAAUUCAGCCGUCUCGUUCCUCUUUCAGCCGAAUAAUGCUCUCCAUAUUGUCUCUUGGUUCGACGACCCAAAUGAUCAAGCCCUGCUCGGACUUAUUCCCUAUUUGAGGGGUCUGGCUAAGUCGGACACGGUAGUGGACUAUUUGCGUCAAUUCCAACCACCUCCAUCCGCCGUAGUUGCCCAUCCACCAACUCCAUCUUGUUUGUUGUUAUUCAAUACCGCAUACUCGAAUGACUCGGAGGACAACGAGGGCUCGGAUCAUCUGGAUGAGAUCGGUUAUGAGUAUUCAGACGAGGAAGCUGUUUUGUCACCACAUUUCCAUCCACCGUUGCCCGCAUCUUCCACAGCCUUGCUGCGCACAUACCUUACCCAGCUGGACGCGCAUUCCAACACGACUGUCCACCCGUCCUCUAUGCAGCAAUAUCCCCGAGGAAACUUUCCGUCUUCCGCAACAGCCAGCUCUAUUGCGGCGACAACCACCAGUUUUAUCCACCAAAUGGCCAGGCCUGAUCCCCAUUAUACUACUACUGGAAGCUCAGUGAGUCCGCUCAGUGUACCCGUGGAAGUAGUACAAGACUCCAGUUCUACCGGCUUGGGUGUUUGAUUAGGGCUGAGCACCAGAACACUACGGUCUGGACGUCCCCGGACCUGGGGAUUUCACAACAUACUGUUCCCCGUGUUCUCUGUUGGCGGGUGGUCAACUGGUCACGCAAUUGUCUCACCCCGAACGACAAGGGGACUAGCGCAUUCCAGCCAAUCAACAUUCUUCCAGAAACCGUCACUUGCAUCCUAACUGUGGAAUAUGGGUUUUGCAUCGUAUCCGUCCAUACCACAGCGGGACACGUCAACUAUCCUGCUACUCAACCGCUAGGUGAACGCAUCUGACAGCUGGGCAGUCUCAUCACUAACCUUACUAUGGCUGUGCAAAUUUCCUAGCUCUAUCAUUUUCAAUAACAUUUCAUUUACGUUGGUGAUAUCCCCUGUGGAUUCUUUCUUAUUAAUUUUCGAGGUUGUGUGAGUCUUUCCCCCUCCCACUCCCUGUUCCCUUUUUCUUACUGACCCACUCGUUGGCUUUCAAAUGUGUUCAUCUCCUGAUUAGCUCUUUUUUGGUAUGAUAGACUGGGCGUACUCCAGGUCAAACUUCGAGGAUUGCAACAAGUUUUCUGUCGCUUGAUCUAAGAUUCUGCACCCCCCCCCCCCUGUACCCUUUACACGCUCGAUGUUCUCAUCUGGUGGAUUUGUUGGAUGCCGACUGUGUGAAGCCUAAUGGAGAAAAUGCCCAGUCAGAGUUUCACAUGUGCAAAGUUAUCUCUGCCUUUGCCGCUGUGUACACACUAACAGGUCGUUUUCAACAGCUGCUCAACAUUGUUUACUCUGCAGUGUGAUCCGAUCAUCUCCACCUCGGUUUUCCUGUCUCUAUGUCGUACGUUUAUCUCUGAGCCACGUUGUAAAGUUGUUUCCACGUAUUCCAUUCUUGCAGGUAUCAUUCAAGUACCGUGUAUCCCAUCCACGGAUUCUUCUUGUCAGUAGCGUGUUGCACAUCAGAGGUACUUUUGUUUUAAUAGACUUGGUGAUGCCUUUUCUAUGCCCAUUGCUCACACACAGCUCUCGCUGAUAAUCUUGUGAUUCCUUCGUGAGUUUUAGACUAUUUCUGCGCGCAUGAACCACUUACGUCUUCCGGGAUGCGCCCCGUAGGCACCAUUAUAUCUCACUCUGUCCUCAAACAGUCCUAUUUUUUCGUCCCAUCCCUGAAAAAGCGCCUUCAUCCUACUUGUCUGAUAUGUUCGCAGCCCUAUAACAAUUUUCCGGUGCCAAUUGGUUUGUUAUUACUGGUGCCCCUGUCCACUUGUUUGCGAUAUGAUUUCGCCGACCCACCUCCGGCGUCGCUGGAUGUUCCAAAAACAUGUUGCGUUGUUUCUCUUCCUUCCCCUAAAUGACAGCCUUAUCGCCUUACUCAAACAUACUGCCUCGUAGCCUUGUUGCAAACCAGGGACUUCUCUCCUCUCGGUUAGUCUUUCACUCCGUGCCAAGAGUUUAUAUCCUCACUCUCUUCCACUGAUCGUUUUGUCAACAGUUGCUGUUAGCUCUUCCUAGGUUACCACAGAGGUGCGUGGAUUCCUUGUAGAUUACCGAUAAUAAUACUAAUAAUAACGAUAAUUCACCGGCAGAGAUUCUUUUUGGAAGAUUGCGCGGUUUCUCUUUUCUGGCUCUGUGACAGCUGCGAAACUCCCCAACUUGCCUCACAUACCCCCGUUCUGCUCCCCCAAUCUGCUGUGAACCAAGCACCCGACCACACUUUGGCCUGUCAGACUCACUGUAGUAUCUGCUCCACACACCCAUCCCGAAAUUGUGAAUAGUGUUUGAUCCUGUUCUCCCCGACCGCGUUAUUCCUUGGAUCCAAGCCUCAGAGCAGGGCUCAAACUGGUGUGUCCGGUUGCCAUCUUGGAUGAGUUCGGCAGUUUCAGUGCUCAGUGUGUCUUUGUCCUGUCCGUUGAUUAUUCUCUUUCAAACCGUCCAUACAUAUAUUCUUGCUAUUUGCUCACCUACUACUACCAUGGUUUCGACCGAACCGCUCAAAUUGAUACAUAGCCGUUUGUGCUUUAUUCGUGCUCA